AUGGCAUUCCUAGAUCAACAUAUAACCUCCACGGUGGCAUCAUCCACAGGUCUGACAAUCCUAGCCUAUCUCCGGUCCUUCGCCCUCCAAACCCUCCAAUGCGGGCCAAUCGCCCGACAUGUCGCCUUCAUCCUCGACGGAAACCGACACUUUGCUCGUAAAUAUGGCCUCUCUAUUCCUGAAGGUCACUCGGCUGGUGCUGACAGAUUGUUUGAAACACUUGACAUGAGCUACAAUCUCGGGAUAACAGAGGUAUCAGCCUAUCUGUUCAGCAUUGAGAAUUUCAAACGCGGAGAGACGCAAGUCAGCGAUUUGAUGACCGUGAUUGAAUCUUUCAUUCGACGCAUCGCCCAACCACAUGGACUGCUCAAGAAGCACGGAAUCCAAUUGCGCAUCAUCGGCCGAUUGGAGAUGGUCAGUUCGCGUCUGCGUUCUGUAGCUACAGAAGCUUGUACCGGAACAGCCGGUCACAGUCGGGGUGUCGUUAACUUAUUCAUUGCAUACACUGGACGCGACGAAAUCGCCACAGCCGUUCAGUCCACCGUUGUGGAGUGUUCGCGGGAGGGGAAAGGGGACGUGGUCAAGAUGCUGGAUCGACAUAUGCUCUCGGCCAAUAGCUUGCCUGUGGAUCUGUUGAUUCGCACGUCUUCCACAAGACGGCUCAGUGAUUUCAUGUUAUGGCAGUGUCAUCAGGGUACCGAAAUCAUGCUUCUGGCGUGCUUCUGGCCGGCUUUCACGGUGUGGCACCUCUUUUGGGUGGUGCUAAGGUGGCAGGCUAGGAGGGGGGUGUGCGCUUGA